AUGGUGCACCUCGCGCGCAUCCCGGCUCCUUCAUCUCGGAUAUACCACCUCAUGGCCGAAGGGAUGUCUUUCAAGAUCACGGUCACACUCCGUGCAUCAAGGGUGGAGAAGUGGAUUCGCGCCAUCAAGAGGGCCUUUCUCAACGCCACACCAAUCAAGUGCGUCGGCUUGGACUGCGAGUUCACCAACCCUCGCGAGGCUAAUCAGCGUGCCACCGUUCUUCAACUCUCAGUGGCAACCGAGAAUUUGGUCUUCCAGAUUUGUAGGGCGGAUGAAGUGCCACAACUGUUGAAGGAUUUCUUACAGGAUAAUAGCAUCUGA